AUGAUAGACUCCGAAAACCUACGGACAGCGUCGCUGUACAUAAACAACCAGCUACUCUGUCGGGGCCUGCUGCGCGAUGGGCGAACCAUCGACUUCGCAGACCCGGGCUACAAUGACCAUGACCUCGCAGACACCAUGGGGCGGAUCAUGGGCGUGGUCAAUGACCUGAUCCUGCGCCGCGACCGCGACGCCGAGCACCGCGAGGCCCUCUCCACCACCCUGCGCUCCGUCCGCGCCGACUCACUACGCCAGACCGACAACCUCUCGCGGCUGCACGACAGGUACACCGAAGCAGAGCGCAAGGUGGCCCUGCACGAGGCCGAGGAGGCCGCCCUGCGCUCGCAGCUCAAGGCCGCCGAAGCUACUAUCCAGAAGCUGAAGGAAGAGGCCGCACGCGCCAAGAAGCUGGUCGCCGAGACGAGGGCCGCCUGCGCCAACGAGGUGCGCAAGCGGGACAGGCAGAUCGACGGCCUCAAGAAGGCCGUCACGGACGCGGGCCGCGCCAGGGGCGAGCGGAAGGGCAACACCAUCACGACGAUACAGGUGGCGGGGGAGAUUGGCGCCGAGGACAUGAACGCCGGCGCCUCGACGAUGGACGAGGGGUACAACCUGCGGCACGAGACGAACGGGUUCCUGGCACAGCUGGCUAAAGGCCUCAGCGAGGAGAACGAGGCCCUGCUCUCACUGAUCCACAAGACGGGCAACAGCCUGAAGGAUAUGAGCGGCUGGGACAAGCAGCAACAGGACUUCGCCGGCAAGAAGGGCGACAGCAACGCCGUUGUGCUGGCCACGAGCCCCGAGGACAUGGCGAACGACAUGACCAGCGUGCUCGAGCACCUGCGGACCUUGCUCACCAACCCGUCGUUCGUGCCCCUCGAGGAGGUCGUCGUCCGGGAGGAGGAGAUCUUCCGCCUGCGUGACGGCUGGGAGAAGAUGGAGACCCGGUGGAGGGAUGCCGUGCAUCUCAUCGACGGCUGGCGCCGUAGAAUGGCUGCCGGCGGGCACCCGGUCGACAUGGAGGACCUGAAGAUGGGGUUGCGUCUCAGUCCGGUCAAGAUGCAGAACUUGGGGCAAAUUGGUGGGAAUGAUCCGUUCCAACUAUCAACGCUUCAAGAAGAGGAGGAAGAGGAGGAGCAAGGACAGGCAGAGGAGGACGACGACGAUGAUGAGGAGGAGGAGGAAGAGUACGCCCAGGAAGAAGACCAAAUGGACUUCAAGCAGGCAGAGCCGCCGAGCCUAGAAGGAUCGUUGCAUCUUGUUCCUGCCCCUGGCUAUGAGGACAUGGCGCCCGAGUACGAGGAAGCCCAGGGUGACGACGACAGCGAUGCGGCAUCUAGUAUCUUCCAAGACGACGUUGAAGACAUCGAUAUGGACGAGCUGCAAGCAUCGGAGCCAAACAUCGAGAUCCUGCAGCAUUCCACCGGGCUACCAGACGAUACCAACUCCAUGACACUUCCGCCGCCACCAAAGAUCACACCUCUAGAAGAGACAGUCAUCGCAGGGAACCGCAAGCCAUCGGCAAGAUUGACCGAGAAAUCGAGGAAACGGUCAUCAGAACUCAUGCGGGACGCUUCGACUGACACUGCUAAGGCACCUCCGCCACCACCACCUCACCGGGUCAAGGAGGGCGAGUCACCACAAAAGAGGCUGAAGAUCUCUGCAGAGGAACAGAAUGACAAGCCAAAGUCGCGACCAAACUCUGCCAUCUUCACCGAUCCCGGGUCCUCACUGGGCAGCGACCUGCAGGCGAAGGCGACCCCAGAGUCCUCAGUUUCCAAGGCCUCGAGCAAGACUACGGUCAAGUCUACACGGUCUGAUGUGUCGGCCAAGAAAGACACACCAACACAGAGCAAGCCUUCCACGAGGGCCACCCGGGCGGCCCAGGCCCAGGAGAAGAAGGACACACCGACGAGAGCAAUCACCCGGCAAAGAUCAACUAGGGCUGUCGCUGCCACGAGUGCUUCGUCUGCGCGGUCCGCCGCCUCAAGACAAGAAACAUCAAAGGCACGAGCUGCUACAGCAUCAAGCAGCAGCAGAGCUGAGAUGCCUCCUCCACCCCGGCCAAGCAAGUCCACCCCGAGCAAUGACAAGCCCCUACGCCCUCCACCACCACAGCACGACGAGAAGAAGCCGUCACCAAGAGAGAAGCAGCAGCCCACACCCGUAAACACCUCCGCCCCCACCGAGUCAUCGUCCUCCGCCAAACGACCAGCAGCCCCAGAGUCACCGACCCGCUCCCCAGGGAAAGCCGGAUCAUCCCGACUCCCACUCCCGCGGAACGCGGCCCCGGCGCCGCAGCAGUCGCCCCUGACCAUGGCCCGCAUAGCCGCCAAGCUCGCGGCCUCGGAGCGCGAGGCCGACGCCGCCCGCGUCAGGGCCAAGCUGAGGGCCGCGCGCCUGAACAAGGGCGGCAGCAGCGCGAACAGCCUCGCGCCGUCGGCGGCGGGAGCCUCGACGUCCACGGUGGCAAGCUCGCGCGUGCCGAGCGGCGGCGACGCAGGUGCAGGGGACCCCAUCAAGAAGGACCGCGCCGUGUCCGGGGAGUCGGCCGCGACGGGCAUGAGCGGCAGCGGGGCGAGUUUUAGUACCGACGAGAACGGGCUGAGGGGCGGUGUGUCUGUGCUCGGGGGCGCCGGCGACGGCGACGACAAUGACGAGUCGGCCUCGUCGUCACUCACCGCUGCUGCUGCUGCUGCUGCUGCUUCUGCUCCUACCGCUAGGGACCGCAGCCCGCGCGCUGGCGCCGCCCCGUCGUCUCCCAGGAAAGCUGCGAGCGCGAUGAGCCCGACCAAGGCGUCUGCGGCUGCUGCUGCUGCUGCUACGGCUAGCCCGGCCAAGCCCGCCGCACGGAAGCGCGAGGUGCGCAGCAGGGCGGCCAAGGCGGCCAACAGGCGGCGGAGCACGCUGAGCCCGUGGGAGCUGCAGAGCCUCAUCGCGGGCGAGGUCGUGCCGCCGACGCCGGGGGUUCCGGCUGUGGCUUCGCAACAAGGGGAGUAA